CAGACGUGCUGCAGUCAUGGACCCUCACUCGCGCCUCGUCCAGUUCAACCAGCGCCCGCCCAAAAUCGGGCCCAAGGCAGCUUCCAGAGGCUACAUGGAGUCUCCGAAGCUUACUCUCGAGUCUUUCACCAAGAAAGCCUCCACACCAACCAGAAAAUCCUCCUCCCCCGCACCAGCCCUCGUGCGCCGCCCGAUCGCCACCAACUCGCGCAUCCGCCAGGAUGAGCAAUACCGCAAGGACAUGUACCUUGCCUUUGUGAACAACGCCCUGCAGCAGAAGCUUGAGGGAAACAGCGAGCCUUACGACGAGCUUGUCAGCCAAUUCGAUCCGAAGCGGUUCGACCAGGAAAACCAGCCGCAGACCUCGCAGCUGCGAUUCUGGAUCCUCGCCCUCUCACAUGUCGUCUCCCGCUUGGAGCGCGCUCAUGCCUCCCUGGUUGAGGCGAUCGUCAAUGUACCAUGGACGACGAUGGACAGCUCCUCCGUGAAGUCCUUCACGGUCUUCUUCGGCAUGCUGCUGAGCGCAAAGCCCGAGUACCUAUCCCUCGUCCUCGGCAAGGUUGCCCAGGGUUUCACACAUCAGUCAGGCUUGCAGGCGCUCGACUCCGCGGUCCCCGAGGGCUCUUCGAAGCCUCUAACACGCCGAGUCGUCUACGAUCGGUUGCAUAACCUUCUGCAGCAUGUACUAUCCCUUAUACCGACGCUAUCGUCGACGUUGCUGCCCCUGCUCGUGCGCAACUUCCCGCAUAAACGUCAGAGUCAAAUCUCGCAGUCCACGUAUAUUCGCAACCUGUUGCGUAUAUCUGGCUACUGUCCUGAGCUUGCGGAUAAGAUACUUGCCACCAUAGUCGACCGUGCAAUUCAAAUCGACGUUGAGAUCCAAGUGGAGCUUGAGGAGCUGGAGGAUGAGGAGGGGGACGAUGCGAACCAAGACCAGGACCUCUUCGAAAUCGACCCCUUCGACACACUUGUCGGUCAGGAUGCCGAGGAUUCCGACUCUGAUUCUGAUUCGGACGAUGGGAUCGACAACCUCAGCGACAUAUCGUCCGAUGCCGAAGAAGACGAGGACUCGCCAGACGUGCCUACGAACGUCAAGCAUAUUCAGGAGAUGGUCACGAAGUUGGACUCCAUCCUGACUCUCGUCUUCAACCAUUUCCACCAUCUUCACUGUGAAGAGCCAAGGCCAGACCCGCGACCAUCAUCUGUCUCCCUUGAGCUACCGCCGCUACCACCAAUAUCAUCGCCAAUAUCCCCUCUCGUCUCAUCUCCAUCUCUCCCUCUUUUUCCGCCCUCCUCGCCCUCACCAAUCCCUCUCGCACUUCCGCCUCAGCCACCUCAAACCCCUGCCUCUCGUGCCGCCCUCCGGCGUACCCAAUUCCACACUCUCCUCGCCAUCUUCGACCGCACUAUCCUCCGCACCUUCAAGUCGCGCUACACACAGUUCCUCCUAUUCUGGUUCGCCUCCCUCGACGCCGAGCUUGCCGACCUUUUCGCAGGCGUCCUCGUCGAGCGCGCGCUCCUCCGCCCCGAUGCGCCCGCCGUCACCCGCGCCGCCGCCGCGAGCUACAUCGGCAGCUUCGUCAGCCGCGCGCGCUACGUCGACCGCGAGAGCGCGCGCCGCGUCGUCGCCGUCCUCUGCGGCUUCCUCGGCGCGCACCUCGACGCCAUUGCGGACACUGACACCUACACGACGAGCGCCGCGGAGAACACGGUGUGGUACGCCGUCGCGCAGGCGGUGUUCCUCAUCUUCUGCUUCCGCUGGCGCGACCUGCUCGAGGACGAGGAGCUCGUGUUGGAGGAGCUCGGGACGCGCAAGUGGAUGCCCGCGCUCGACGUGCUGCACCGCGUUGUGAAUGCACCUCUCAAUCCCUUGCGCGUGUGCUCGCAGAACGUGGUGCUGCAGUUCGCGAGGGUGGCGCACGCGGUGAACUUCAUGUACUGCUUCCCGGUGCUGGAGGCGAACCGCAGGAGUGCGGAUGACGGGGCCGCGAGGGAGCGGGACGCGGAGCUGCACACGUUCUUCCCGUUCGAUCCGUAUAAGCUGCCGCGGUCGGGGCCGUAUAUCCAGGCGGUGUACAGGGAGUGGGCGUCAGUGGCGAUCGGGGGCGAUGACGACGACGACGACGAAGACGAUGAUGAAGACGAUGAGGUAGCCGGGGUUCAGAGCUACGAGGCGCCUGCUUACUUGGCGAUUUCUCGACCUGUCGAAGGGGACGGUGGGGACGAUGACACGAUGGGACUGGGAAAGUCGCUGAAUGCCAUGAGCAUCAGCCCGCAGGCGCCAAUUCGUAGCCUGGGCAAUACGUGAUCUUUGGCAAGGCCACCACUAUGCUGUAUCUACUAUAUCAAACUGUACUUGGAUAGCCCAUAUAACCGUAGCAAUGGGACAUGCAUCAUCUGCCAAUAUAUUGACAGACGGAAUCUGUGCUUGAACC